CAAACGCCGAUCGAGUCGCUCGAGCGAAACUCUGCUCUCUGUCAUUUUUGCUUCUCUUUGUGCCUGUGUAAUAUCAUGAACGAUUGAUCGAUACUGGUGCCGAGUGUGUAACCUGUUGCUAGGACGACCUACACUUGUUACUGUUAUAUAUUGCUGCGACAACACGACCUAACAGCGGACGUCCUAACCUUUACUCUCGGCUGAACAAUAUGUCAAAAGUUUUGCUUUGUUUUUAUUAACUCGCCAGUACCAGAAAAAAUGGAAACUGUCGAGAAACCACAAGCUGUGGAUACAGUGGAAAAAGAGGAUUCUGCUUCCAAAGAUGAAACUAAAGAAAAGUGCGAGGUUUAUUCGAUUAGGCCUAAAUUGGAAAAUAAAUUCAAGCCACUCAGUGCCAAAGAAAUAAUUCAUAAUGUACUAUUUGAACAACUAGCUGAAAAGGAGUACGACGAAGCAGAAGCCAAAUCUUGGGCUAAGAAAAUUACUGAAAUAAUCAGAGAAAGACUUAAAAAAUUAGAUUGCAAAAAGUACAAAUUUAUAGUUAAUGCCAUUAUCGGAAGUAAAAAUGGUGCAGGCAUGAAAGUUGGGACAAGAUGUAUUUGGGAUGCAGAAACGGACACGUAUGCCCAUGAUAGUUAUAAUAAUGAUACGCUGUUUUGUGUUGUUGCUGUUUAUGCAAUUUAUAAUUAUAGUUAACUUUAGAUAGCUAAUUCCUUAGAUAAUUUUGGUAAUAAAAAA